AUGGAUAGAUUCAAGUUGAUUAAGGAAGUUGGUGAUGGGACUUUCGGGAGUGUAUGGCGUGCUAUAAAUAAACAGAAUGGUGAAGUUGUUGCUGUUAAGAAAAUGAAGAAAAAGUAUUAUUCUUUUGAGGAAUGUAUGAGUCUGCGUGAAGUAAAGUCUUUGCGGCGCAUGAAUCAUCCUAACAUUGUGAAGCUUAAAGAGGUUAUCAGGGAAAAUGAUAUAUUAUACUUCAUAAUGGAAUACAUGGAGUGUAAUCUCUACCAACUUAUGAAAGAUAGGGUCAAGCCUUUCUCAGAGUCUGAAGUCCGCAACUGGUGCUUUCAGAUAUUUCAGGCUCUUGCUUACAUGCACCAGAGGGGCUACUUUCAUCGUGACCUCAAACCUGAGAAUCUGUUGGUUAGCAAAGAUAUCAUAAAGCUAGCAGACUUUGGUCUUGCAAGGGAAGUCUCAUCAUUGCCACCAUAUACAGAAUAUGUCUCAACUCGCUGGUAUCGGGCACCAGAAGUCUUGCUCCAGUCAUCUGCUUAUGAUUCUGCAGUUGAUAUGUGGGCAAUGGGUGCCAUAAUGGCUGAGCUGUUGACACUCCAUCCUCUCUUUCCUGGAACCAGUGAAGCUGAUGAGAUUCACAAGAUAUGCAAUGUUAUCGGUAGUCCAGAUGAGCAAUCUUGGCCUCAAGGAUUGUCUCUUGCAGAAGCAAUGAAGUAUCAGUUCCCACAGAUCAAAGGCAGUCAACUGUCUGAGGUGAUGACAACAGCUAGUAGCGAGGCAAUUGACCUCAUAUCAUCACUAUGCUCAUGGGAUCCUAGCAAGAGACCAAAGGCCACAGAAGUCCUCCAGCAUACCUUCUUUCAGGGUUGUACAUAUGUUCCACUUCCUGUCCGUCCAAAAGCUCCUAAAACACCUCCAUGUGUUGGAGCAAAAGGAAUUUCAGAGAACAGUGUCGCUAGACGAUUCUCAACUGGAACUCUAUCAACGAUGAAAUCUCAUAGCAAUGCAUCCACAAAAUUAAAUGGUUUAUCUAAGACUGGUGUACAAAGAAAACUUCACUUGGAUCGUCAGCCAUCACACAAGAGUACAAAACCAACCGAGAAUAGCAAUAAACUAACUACAAAUCGGGUACCAGCUCGGAAUAGCCCAGGGAAUCCUGUACUUAGGCAUUCACGCAGCUUGCCUGAAACUGGUCGAGGAGCAAUACAAAAGGUCUCAUCAAUUACAGAGAGACUAUCCCAGAUGUCUGUGACCUCGAGAACACGAAGCACUGUGAAGCCUGCUGCCCCGAUGAUGAAGGCCGGACAUGGUAAGUCGGACUUUCUUGGGAAGUCUGACGAUAUCCCUCCAGCAAAGAGGCUGACAAGAAAAUUGGUCAGCUAA